GUGAACAUUCUGCUCGUAUCCAGGAUGAAGCUGUCUCUCCAGUCUGUGUGUCCGCUCGCCUUCCUGAGCCUCUGCUGUGUGCUCAUCGCAGUGAGAGAGUCAGAUGGCACGUUCGUCCCUGGGAGAUGUCAGUGUCCAGAAACACAAAACGGAGUCAGGGGGCAGCUGAAAGAUCUCAGUGUCUACCAGAAGAGCGCCAGCUGUAAUAGAAUCACAGUGAUAGUGACACUGAAGAGCAACAAUGAGACGAGGUGUCUGAAUCCAGACUCUCCGGUUGGCAAACAGCUGGUCCGCUGCUGGAACAGAUCUCAGAAUUUGGGAAGGGAUGCAAAACUGUGCCUGAGGAGGAGAAGAAAAGGAAGAGGAGGUCAGAGCCAGAGGAGUCGACAGAGGAGCCGAGGUCUUGGCAGGAAAUCCUCAUCCUCUAACUCUCAGUAGUCGACCCGCCAGACACCCGAUCCAAAGCUACUGUGAAGAGAGAAGUGUGCACACGCAAACUGUUGCUAUACUCUUUUGGAGUCUGGGCCCUCAGUGGCCAAUAAAAGGAACAGCACGCUACCACUUUUUUCUUCCUAUAAAUGUCACUCUGCUCCAGCAUCAGGCUCCCCUAAAGUUUUUUUUUUCUUUCUGGGGUGUAAAUCAAAGUCUCCUUCUGUGCAGGGAGCAGGGGAGUGAUUGUCUCUGAGCAAAUGACUGAUGUGAUGUUAAACACUAAGCCCUGGAGGCUAGUCAUAAAUGUUAACAGUUAUAACACUGUUGAAUGGUCAAUGUAAUGUCUACACAAAGCUAACAGAAGACACUAUGUUUUUGUAUUUAUUUUUAUAUGCAUAAAGACUUUGUUUUGUUAAUAAAUACAACAAAAAAAAG